AUGGCCGGGAAUGGCCGGGAAUGGCCGGGAAUGGCCGGGAAUCGCCGGGAAAUGGCCGGGAAUCGCCGGGAAUCGCCGGGAGCUCCGCUCCGCCCGCGGUGCUGCAGCUCCCGUCGUGGCCGCUGGGGGGCGCUGUGGCCGCCCCUGGCUCACGCCGUUGCCAAGGGCGACGCGGCGGCCGCCGCGCAGGCGCAGUGCGCGGUGCCCCCGCCCGUCCAUGGCGAGGCCGCCAUGGCGCGGCGAGCCGCCUCCGGACGAGGAGGCGGACGAGUGUCUGCGGGAGUACCGGCACCUGCUCAGCCCCGACUGCUCGCGGGUCAGGUCGCCUUCAUCACCGGCGGCGGCUCCGGCAUCGGCUUCCGCAUCGCCGAGAUCUUCAUGAGGCACGGCUGCCGGACCGUCAUUGCCAGCCGGAACCUGGAGCGGGUGUCCGAGGCCUCCAAAAAGCUGGUGGCAGCCACAGGGCAGCAGUGCCUGCCUCUGUCCCUAGAUGUGAGGCAGCCCCAGACCAUCGUGGCAGCGGUGGAUGAGGCGCUGAAGGAGUUCAAGAGGAUCGACAUCCUCAUUAACGGUGCUGCAGGAAAUUUCCUGUGCCCAGCCAGUGCCCUGUCCUUCAACGCCUUCAAGACAGUGAUAGACAUCGACACCAUCGGCACCUUCAACACCUCCAAAGUCCUCUUUGAGAAAUAUUUCCGGGACCACGGCGGGGUCAUCGUUAACAUCACAGCGACCCUGAGCUACCGAGGGCAGGCCCUCCAGGUGCAUGCUGGAGCUGCCAAGGCUGCUAUAGAUGCCAUGACCCGUCACCUGGCUGUGGAGUGGGGACCCAACAACAUCCGUGUGAACAGCUUGGCCCCAGGACCCAUCACGGGCACCGAGGGCUUCCGGCGACUGGGUGGGAAAUUUGCUGAGAAAUCGAGCCUGUUUGACACGAUCCCCCUGCAGCGCGCGGGGAACAAGACGGAGAUUGCCCACAGCAGCCUGUACCUGGCGAGCCCCCUCUCCUCCUACGUGACAGGAACCACCCUGGUCGUGGAUGGUGGGAGCUGGCUCACCUCUGCCAACAGCUUCUCUGCCUUGCUGGAUUUCUGGUCUGCAGGAGCAAACCAACCCCAGUGAUGGACAGCGUGGGACUGACCGAUGGACAGACGUGACCGAAGCUGCCCGGGGACCCCUCGGGGUGACACCUGUCCCAGAGCAGGUGCCCAUGGCCAUGGCCUCUGAUUGGUAACUGGGGGUGGUGGUGACACUGCCAGCCCUGUGUCUGCCUGGGGGACAGAGCUCAGGAGUUACUGGGUGGGGAGCAGUCCCACACCUAUCCUGUGCCUUGACUGUCUUCUGAGCUGCUGUGGCUGAGGGUGCAGGGACAGCACAAGGGGUGAGGCUGGGAUGGUCACUGUCCCUUUGUGUUCCUCUGAGCUGCUCUCCUGGCCUUUCCCAAGUCCCAGGCAGUGCUGCCCCGGGAUAUCCAUCCUCUUCUGCCCCCAUCUCAGCCUGAGAACUGCCCAGGACCCCCAGCAGCAGCUCCUUUGAGGGAGGGGGAGUAGCUCAGCUCACCUGGGGUCAGAAUCACCCAGUGUGGUGGGGCCAGCUCUACCUUUGCAGCAGGAUCCAGCAGCUCUCAGAGGGGAAACAACCGGCCCCUGGCAGGGGGAAGUGGCCUCAUCCCCUCCGGGAGUCCAGAGUGGGCAUCCUGAAGGCUGCCAUGGAUGCAGCCAAGGUGCCCCUCUCCCAGGAGCAGAGCUGGUGUGAAGGCAGAUCCUCCCAGAGGACUGGGGUGCCAGCACCCUGGGGGCACACACUGCUCCCAUGCAGCCUCCUGCCGCUGAAGGCAGCUUUUAGCCUCACUCUGAAUUCCAUGAAGCUUGUUUUCCCACCUAAUUGUGUUUCCUACUUGAUUGUAAACUUGCCAGGUUUUGCUCCUUCCUUCAGGUCACGAAUAAAGAAUUUGCACCCUGA